GCCCGGCAAAACUGCGUCCUGAAACAGUUGUGAAAUAGUGAAGUUAACUUGGACUAGAACGCCAAAAUGUCAUCUUUUGAUAAGUUGUCCAUCCAAGGAGUGCGCAGCUUUGGCUCCAAUGCCGAGGAUCUACAGAGCAUUACAUUUUCAUCGCCGGUGACCUUGAUUCUGGGCGAGAAUGGGUGUGGAAAGACAACCGUAAUCGAGUGCCUGAAGUACGCCUUAACUGGCGAGUGUCCACCGGGAAGCGAUCGCGGAAGGAGCUUCGUACACGACCCAAAAAUCUUUGGGCUAAGCGAGUCCUUGGCGCAGAUCAAGAUGCAGGUUCGCGACAAACGUGGUGCCCAGGUGUCCAUCUGCCGGACAAUGAAGGUGUCUAACAAGCGCGGCAAGGCGACCUUCGAGACGCUGGACUCUACCAUCAACUUCCUGACCGGCGCCGGGCAAUCGAAGCGCGACAAUCAGGACUCCUUAAGCGGUCGCACAGCGGACAUAGAUCUGGCCAUCUCGGAUUUUAUGGGUGUAUCCAAAGCCAUCAUAAACAAUGUCCUGCUGUGCCAUCAAGAGGACUCCAGUUGGCCUCUGGACGAGGCCAAGAAGUUAAAGGAGAAGUUUGAUGCCAUAUUUGGCAUCACGGAGUACAAUAAAGCCCUGGAUAAGAUCAUCAAAAUGCGCAAGGAAGCCAUGGACGAGCUGAAAGUUAUGGAGGCUAACAUGAAGCAUGUGGCGUAUCUGAAGCAAGAAAUGGAGAUACGAACGCUGGCCCUGCAGAAAGCCCAGCAAAAGUGCGACUCAAUCAAGGCGCAGUGCAGCGAAUGCGAGGAGGAAAUGAAGCCCAUCGAGGCCAGACUACUUGAGAUCCGGAACAUUGAGUUUGAAAUUGGCAAAUAUCAAGCGCAGAAGGUGGAAAUGGAAACAAAGCAUAAAAACUGCAAAGAGCAGAUCUCCACUCUAACCAGGAAAAUCAAGACUCCAUUUAUUGGCUCCAUGGCUGAGCUGGACGUUAAGAUUAACAAUUUCGAUCAGCGUAUGAGAGAAAUGCGGGACCAGCGUACCGAGACAGAGCAAGAACUCUCAGAGCUAAAGAAAUCCUGUGCCAACGGACAGGAAAAGCUGGGCAUGCACGACAAGAAGCGAUGCCUGGCUAAGCAGCGGCACCAGAGCGAGCAGGCUUGCCGGGCACAGUUGCUAAAACGGGUUAAGGAAUUUUGUCGCGAACUGCAGAUCCCAAUAGAUGGUGAGCUCACGGAACAGCCCGAAAAACUGUUGGAUGUCCUACAAGAUAUCGAGGCGGUUAUUAUGAGCAAGCACUGCGAGAUCACCGAGAUCGGUGAGCGGAACGACAAGGCCGAUAAGGACAGGCAGGCCAAGAUCGAUGAGCUGCGUAUUGAUCUGACCAAGUCAGAGCAGGGCGUGACAGAUAAAGAGAAUCAGCGUGAGGUCAACAAACGUGAGAGCGAAAAACUCGAGGUGGAUAUCCAAAAAAUAGAAGCUUCAAUGCACGAGUUAAAAAAGCUGGAGAAGAAAAUAGCCGAAGCCAAUGAACUUUACGAGAACACGAUCAAAAAUGUGGACCAGCAAGCCAUGCGAGGGGCCAUUGACGACAAGAAGACCAGCAUUGCCGAGAAGCAGGCGCAGUUUGAGAAACUAGACAAGCAACUCACCUUCCUGGGAUCCAUGGCUAAACUGGUGGCCGAGAUAUCUCUGAAGCAGAAGGAUCUUGAAAAGAAAAAUCAGGAAGUCCAUCGAGUACGCAGUCGGCAUGCGGACAACUUUGGCAAGUUCUUCAAGGAUCCAAUAUCAAGCAACUAUCGCAGGUCAAUGCAGGGAGCCUACGACAAGCUGCGUCGUGAGAUCCAGGAUCUUAACGAGCAGGCCAACGCGCAGAAGCUCAAAGAGCAGUCCUAUGAGAUUAAGCGGAAGAAUCUAAUCGACGACAUAGCGCGUAUGGAAAAGGAGCUAAAGGAGAGCGAGGAGCUGGUCUUCCAGAAGUGUCGCUCAACUCCGUACGAUGAUCUAGUGGAGCGCAGCAAAACGGCAAUUUCCAAGCUGCAAUUCGACCAUGGAGCCCUUAAGUCCGCCGAGGCCUUGUACAAGAAGUACAUACAGAAAAUCGAAGAGGAGCCUAGCUGCCCUUUGUGCCAUCAUAACAUGUCUGGCGAUGAGGCGUGCGACCUUACCACAGAGCUUACCGAUGAGAUCCAAAAGCUGCCGGAAAACAUCGUUAGAGCUGAGAAAGCCUUAAAAGCUGAGCAAUUAAAAUACGAUAACUUGCUGCAGAUUAAACCGAAUAUUUUGAAGAUAAAAGAUUUGAAGGCAUUGUUGCCUCAGAAGAAAGAAGAACUGAAGAAGGUCGAAGAACUUCUGGGCGAGAGCGUUAGUGAAUAUGAGACGUUGUUAGCGCUGAUUGGAGAGCCCACUCACAACAUGGAGUUGGCCAAUUCCAUGAUGGGUGAUAUGACGUUGCUUGAUGAGGCCUUGAAGGACUCGAUGCGCCUCACAAAGGAUCUAGAUCUGCAGAAAGCCAAAUUGCCUGCUUCUUAUGACGCCAGCGUGUCGAUGGAUACAUUGCAAGCGGAAAAGAGUCAAGUUUCAAAGGACCUAGAAACAGAGCGCAAGGACUUGGAAAUCACACAAAAUACAUUCCAGCAGCACAUGGAUGCCUUAAAUCGUUUGCGUGAAAUGAAAAAUAGCCUAAAGGAUAGGCAAAUACUUUUGCAGGAAGGUGUGCAGAGUCUGCCGCAGCUUAAGGAACGCCUUGAGAAGCUCACCAAUUUCCUUAUCACCGUGGCUACGGAAAUAAGUGACCUUAGGGCAAAAAUUCUGCCCCUCAAACAGAACCUGAGAGCGGCUGUCGAGGAAAAAGAUCGUUUGAAGGAGAAAGAGCGAGCUCAGCUAGCUCAGAUGAAUUCUAAAUAUAAUUCCUACAAAAGCACAGAUCAGGAUAUUCAAAGAUUGAAUAAAGAAGCUCAGGAACAUGCCAAGUUAGACUUGGAAAAUGAGAUCCAAAAACUCGAAGACACCAUUAAGGCUACCAAAGAUGAGUUGAAAAAUCUGGAAUCCCAAAUCCAUUUGAAGACCGAUCAACUGGAAACCAUUAAGACCGAAUGUCUCAAUCAGCAGACGGCUGAACGAGAUCUUAAGGAUAAUCGGGAGUUAAAGCAGCUGCAGGAAAAGGAAUCACAGCUAAGCGAGAGCUGCCAAUCCCUCAACAAGCAGUUGGGCAACUUGGAUUUCCACAGUGUUAGCAAGGAAAAAGUGGAACUAACCAAACGAAGGGACACGGCUACAGUGCGUAAGGGAGAGCUAUUGGGCCAGCUGGGUGAGAUCAACAGCCAGGUGGGCAAGCUACAGCGAGAGAUUGACGAGCCCAGGUUCAAGGAGUCGCUUAAGAAUUAUCGCAAGGCCAACUUCGAACUGCUGGUCACAAAACGCAGCAUCGAGGACCUGGGCCAACAUCGCUUGGCCUUGGAGUGGGCUCUCAUCCAGUUCCACGCGGAGAAAAUGGAGAAAAUCAAUCGCCUUAUACGUGAGUACUGGCGGAUGAUAUACCGCGGCAACGACAUCGACUACAUACAGGUGAAGACGGAGGAUGGCAACACAGAUGCGUCGGCGGAUCGGCGCAAGACCUACAACUACCGAGUGGUCCAGUCGAAGAACAAUGCCGAAAUCGAGAUGAGGGGACGCUGCAGUGCUGGUCAGCGCGUCCUGGCCUCCCUCAUUAUUCGCAUGGCUCUGGCAGAGACGUUCAGCAGUAAUUGCGGGGUGUUGGCGUUGGAUGAGCCCACCACGAACUUGGAUCGCAUUAAUAUCACAUCGCUGUGCGAUGCCCUUAACUGUAUUGUGGAGGAGCGUCAGAGUCAGUCGAAUUUUAUGCUCAUUAUCAUCACGCACGACGAGAACUUCAUCUCGUCGCUGGGCAAGAUCACUAACUACCAUCGGGUCUUCCGCAACGAUGACUGCAAAUCGGUCAUAAGGAAGGUGCAGGUCGGUUGAUCAAAGGAAAUACAAUAACAAUAAAAUGUACCCACUUCGUUAUUUAUCUAAAAUCGAUGUAUGUUUGCUUAUCUUGUCAUCAUAAUAAUUUGGAAAUUGAGUGUCAUUCAUUUAAUAAUAGUUUGUCUCCCCUCAUUGCCAAGAGAAUGUGGCUGCUAACUUUUCUUCUGUCCGCGUUUGUAGUAGUUCAUGGCUACUCCAUGCAGUUUGGCAGGAUGCACUCCCUGUCUGUUCCCAUUUACGAAGCUGAAGUUAAAUUGAAUCACUCAGAGGGUUAUUUAGACGUGGCGUAUAAUCAAAAGAUGAAAGCGAUUUGGAACGGAAAGGCCGUGCAAUUAUUUUGUCUGGCGGAAUAGGAG